CUCCCCGGCUGGCGGCUGUGCGGCGUGCGGACAGCCUGCGCCCGGCACACGGCCGGCGGCUCAGACCCGCCAGUGCCGGCCGAGCUCAGCCGAGGUGGGCGGAGGAGCGAGACGCUGGGUGACCGGACGGAGCCCCGCGUUGGGGGAGGUCAACAGGCAUCGACCGACAGGGCCCAGGCACUGCACCAAGCCUGUAUCGCCUUUUAUUAUCCCGCGUAUUCCCGUGUUCCUGUAACUUACCAAGGGCAAGGACCUGCCCUUUUACCCCCGUGCGCCCCAGGUCGGCAUCGCUUUCUAAAGGGGAGUCGCGCAGAUGCUCGCGAUUGGUGGGUUCUGCAGAGCAAGGGUCCCCGUCCCUUGUACUUCUCGUGCCCCACACGGCGUCCCGCACAGUGUUGGGAACGUUGUGGCACCCGCGGGUGUUCGUGAAAGUGGUAAAUCACCUAAUAGUUGUGCCAGCGUAAUUGUGUUUAAAAAGCAGGGUGCUCUGGCUGCUAAGGGGGGGACAGCUGCCUGUGACGGGGCACUCAGUGCCUCCGGGGUGUGGUGUGUCGGGGAGGCCUGAGGGAGAGGACGUACCAAGGCCCGGGGGGCAGAAAGAGGAGGGCAGGUGUGUGGAAGCGGGGACCAGCAGGCGCGAGCCACAUUGAGUCCACAGCAAGGAGGGACGGCGGUGAGGCUGAAGUGGGCAGCCGGGCGUCGUAGGCCAGACCUCCUUGUGACCCUGUGACGGAGGGAUCCCAGGGAAUGGAUCGGGAGGGGCGGGGAGGACUUCCUGGAGGUGGUGCUGAAACGGAGCCCUGAAGAGUGAGUUUGUGGAAGGGACAAAGAGCCCAGCAGGUUUGGCAGCAGACGCCUUCUGCGCUGGGGUCCCGGCGGGAACGCACAACCGGACACGGCCUGGCAGCCGACUCGGGCUGCACCUUACACACGCGUGUUCCCGGAGCACAACGGAGCACACCCUAGCCGCGGUUUUCACUUCGGAGGUGGCUUGGCACUGCCAGGGGCAGGGAGCUCCAGAAGCAUUAGUGGUGGGCUCCAGGGCCUCCGGGGCGGGGCUGCCCGUGCACAGGAGAUGUAGGCCGGGCCGAGGGCGUAGGCAGCCAAAGCCUUCAGCUGUUGGCCGCUGUGCCCCGGAACCACACGUGGAGGGUAACACAUGGAGGUAAAGUGGGCGGGUGGCAAAGCGCACGUUAGUAACGAGACCGGAAGCCGCCUACGGCCUUCAGGAGGGGCUUCCUGAGUGAACUUUGGCCUGUCCCUGCGACGGAGUACCGGAGUACCGCACGGCCUCCCGAAAGGGCGAGGUACUCUCGUGUAGCCCCGGGCGGAUCUGCAAGGUGACUGCAGGGCAGUGUGUGCCGAGCAGCGCAGCACACUAGGGAGAGGGCGUGACAGCCAGGGUCUCUGUGUGCGCCCCAGGUACCUGGAGAAGAAUUCGUGAGGGAAAAGGGGUGCGCUCACUGACUGCCCUGGGGGGUGCAGGCAGCAAGGAGAGAGGCUUGUCCGUAGUUUCCUCUGCUUGUUUUCAGAGUCCGUUCAUGAAAAAGGAGCUUUCGGGACGUAACUGAUUGACACGAUUGGACGCCAUACAGUUCAGAGAUGUCCGGUCGAGAAGCCGGCUGCCGGCCCCACCGCACCCAUCCCGGCGGUUCCCAGCUGUCUCCGGACCUGGGCUGCUCCCGUGGGUCACUUUUCAAUAUCCAGCCCUCAUUUAAGGGAGACUGAGGACCUGUGAGGUCAUACCUGCCCCUCCCCUCUGCUCAGACGGUGAGAGGUGCCCCAGCCACACACAGUACAUGCAGAACCUCACGUCUAACUGUAGCGAGCACUUAAGUUCUCUGGAAAGAAGAGGUCGGCUUUCACUGCCCGCUUGGGAGGUGUUUCCAAACAGGACGUUCGUCAGCAGAUUUGGGACUACAUGGAAUCACAAAAUUUAGCUGAUUUUCCCCGGCCCGUUCAUCACAGGAUUCCCAACUUCAAGGGCUCCUACCUGGCUGGCCAGAGCAUCAGAGAACUAGAGGUUUUUGCCAGAGCGCAGGAAGUUAAGGUGGACCCCGACAAGCCACUGGAAGGCGUUCGGCUGCUGGUGCUGCAGAGCAAAAAAACAUUGUUGGUCCCAACACCGCGACUGAGAACGGGGUUGUUUAAUAAGAUCACUCCACCUCCCGGGGCAACGAAAGACCUCUUGAGAACAUGUGCCACCUCUCAGGGCGUGAGGAGCUACAGCACUCCCGUGGGCUUGGAUUCCAGGGUCCUUGUGGACUUGGUUGUGGUGGGAUCCGUUGCUGUUUCUGAAAAAGCUUCUCAUGCACCUUCAGCUCAGCCUUCCGCAGGCCCCCCCAGGAGUCCUCAGUAUGGGACUGGCUCUGCCAGACCCCGCCCUCUUCCAGGGACUGCUGGACUUUUCAGAAGACAAGGCUGGAGAAUUGGGAAGGGAGAAGGUUACGCUGAUCUGGAAUAUGCCAUGAUGGUGUCGAUGGGAGCAGUCAGCCAGAAGACGCCUGUGGUCACCAUUGUCCACGACUGCCAGGUCGUCGACAUACCUGAAGCGCUGCUCGAGGACCACGACCUAACAGUGGACUACAUUCUCACUCCGACGAGAGUCAUUGCCACGGGGUGUGAGCACCCAAAGCCGACGGGAAUCAUAUGGUCCAAGAUCAGCUGUGAGGUGAUGGGGAAAAUCCCCAUACUCAGAAGCCUUCGUUGCCGAGAGAGGCAGGCUGGGAGAGAUGUCACCCUUCAGGAUGAGCCCCGGCACCUUCUGGGAACCAGCAGCCAGCAGCCACCUCCCCUGAGCACUGUCAGAAGACACCAGGACCCGCACCAGCCCGAAUCCUGUUCCGGGCAGGGGGAGGAUGGGCCUUCUAACACUGUUUUCAUCGGGAACCUUCCGCGGGGCACCCGAGUGAGUGAGCUGAAGAGAGCCCUCCGAGACCUGGGCACAGUCCCCCAGAGGCUCACGUGGCAGGGGCCACAGCGCAGGGCCUUCCUCCACUACGAGGGCCCCACCUCAGCCCAGCAGGCUGUCUCCUGCUUGCAGGGCUUGCGUCUGGGUGCUGCCACCUUGAAGGUGGCGCUGGCCAGGCCGCAGAGGGCCGGAGACGUGACAGGCGGCUGUGCGGAGGAACCACGCCCUGACCGUCGCUCAGCUGUCUCCGACCUGUGAUGUGCUCCUCUGGGCCCGGUGGAACUUAAGGAGCCUGUGCAGCGGGGCUCGGAGCGUUGCUGCCUGAGCCGUUUUGAGGCCAGUCCUUUCCAGCACGUGCCAGCCUUCUGUUACUGCCUGGGGCCUGCUGGUGAGAGGGAAGGGCGCCGUAGCACACUGCCGACUUGUCCGGGCCCGGCUCCUAGCAGGGAUCAGGUGCUGAGCACGCCCUGCUGUCCUUGGGUCCUCGGUCUGGUAUGACUGCAGGGGGAGCUCUGUUCAUACCGCAGAGCCCAGGUUCCCCGGGUACAAACUGCUUGUCACAGCUCGGCGCUGGUGUCAGCGAUGGAGAGCCGGUGUGACGUGCGGGUGGCGUGCGUCUCACUUCCGUGCCUCCUCACCUUCCAGCCGCCUGCCGUCUCUGCGUGGACUCCCGCACGCCGCGCUAUCCUGUAGGAGACACUGGUCGUGGAGAAAGCUGUCCCAGCCUUCCUCACAGGCAGGGACAGAGGUGCUCACACCAGUUUGCCCAGGGCCUGAUGUUUCUUGGGGUUUCCCUCCAGUUCUCUGUUCCUAAAAAACAAAACUGGAUUUUGGUUGAACGACGCUUUCUUAACAGAAGUGAUUUUGCAAUUGAUACUGGGC